UUUCUGCUAACUCUAUUCUCUCUUCCUCCACAUAAAAUUCUCUUUCAUAAAACCCUCAACAUUUUCCAACAAAAUCCUUUAAAGUAAAAAUGGAAGUAGAAAUAGUAAAAUGCGAGUGUUGUGGAUUGAAAGAAGAAUGCACAGUAGAAUACAUAAAUGCAAUAAAAGAAAACUACAAUGGAAAAUGGCUAUGUGGGUUAUGCUCAGAAGCAGUGCGAGAUGAAGUUAAUAGGAAUGGUGUUGAAGACGCUGUGAGAGCGCACAUGUCUUUCUGCAGCAACUAUAAGUCCAGCCCGGCUUCGAGGGUCGCUGAUGGUAUGCGCCAGAUGUUAAGAAGAAGGUCUGGAGAGUUGUCUCAUUCUACUAAAAAAUAUGGAAGAUCAUCUAGUGCUCCUCAAGUCCUUUGAGAAGAUCCGCCAUCAAAAUGAAAAUUAAAAUACUUUAGGAGAAUCAUCUAAACUUCUACUGUUCUACAUAACAUAACAGAAAGCCCUCUGUUUUUAAAACAGGGUGUUAUUUUUUUGUUUUGGUUUACAUAAUGUCUUUCUCUCUCUCUCUUAUUUUUGGUUUUGUACAGCACUGAAUUUUGUCAAAUACCUGAAUAAUCCCUCUCUUUCAA